AUGAUUGUAGUGUUCGUUGUAGACACUUCACCGUCUAUGGGUCGCCCCGCAAUGGGUGAUUCGGGGCUGUCGCGGCUGGAUCUAGCCAAGCAAGCCGUUGAAGAUCUUUGUCGUCAGCUUCGCAAGCGACAAAUAGAGCAUCACCGCGUGUUGCAAGAACAGUCACAAGCGGUUCAGCGAUCGUUGAUCAACCUGGGGUUGGAUUGCACGACCCCACAUUCAUUUUUGCUUCUAUCAACAUCUCGCCAGCAUCCGGAUACGGCUACUUGUGCGGCAGGGGGUCGUUUGUUGGUGGGCUUCAGCGAGGGAGCCCCCGAACGACUUUCGGCUACGGAAUCUUCAUCAUCGAUAAGCGCUGAUAUACCUCCCUUGAUGCAGCUACAAACACAUAUGGAGACUUUUCAGCGUGAGCUUAAAGGUUUGCAAGCCGCAAAGUGGGAUCCUUCACAUAGCCCCUUUCCGGAUGGUGCGGGUGGGGCUUCCGGGUUGAACUCUGCACUUUCUUCCGGGCUGCAACUAUUGUCGCGUUACCGGUUGCAGAAUCGUCAGACAGAGAAUUUCGGUAUGGGCCGUCUCCCUUCUACAUCACUUGUGAUGCCUAAUGGCGCACCAGCCACAGCAGCACUCCAACCAGCGUGUUUGGUUUUAGUUACGGAUGGAGCUUGCCUACGGCAGCCGCCGAAAUUAGGGGGCGGUUCAUUGCAACUUCAGUACGGAUCGCAGCCAUUACGAGAAUUUUACACCGAGCCCUUUCGAUGGGAUCAACGAAUCUUUUGCUUAGGCGUUGGAAGUCGCCCAGGCAUCACAGGUUCGCAGUAUUUACACCCUCAGCUGCGGGCUCUUUGCGAAGUCACAGGAGGAGCACACUGGAUGGUUCGAACGUCCACCGCUUUGCAUGCAGUGACUGAGUCUAUUUUACGACGGAUUAGUCCACCCUUACCGCGAGAGCUUCCCUUACCGGAUCCUCUUUCUUCACAAGAAACAAACACCCACGCAACGCAAGCUGCAUCGGUCCUCGGAGCUUUACCUGGUGCGUCGUAUGUGAACGGGGGUCCGGUUUGCUGCUUUCAGGGUAUUGAAUCCGAUGAGCUCGGUCGUCCUUCGCCUAAACUACGAGCUAUGUUGAUGUAUGUGUCGACAAUGGCAACGAUUGGGGCAGAAGCUGAGGCACCAAUUCUCAGUCCGCCUCUAUGGUGCAUUCCUGAAUCUUUUUUUCCAAGCAAGAAGCUCGACUCACUGCCACCCCGGCCUGCACAGCCUUUGCUCUAUUUUAGCAAGUACCCUUCCAACCUUGGGCUCAAAAGUUUUGAACCGUUGCACGUCAUCAAAAUGCUUAAUCGAUUGGACCAGACACUUGCUGCAAAUCGUAAAGCAAUGGCGCAGACCGUAAAAAGUCUUCAUCGAGAUGUUUAUAUUUGCGAGUGGCUUGGGCAAGAAGGAGGGAAACCGGUGCAAGUCAACAUCAGCUCUCGGCAAGAGUUUUUUCCUGUAUUUGUUGCUGGGGGCAAGCCCUUGUCAGAAGACGGAGAAAGUUACUUAAAUAUUGGUAUUCUACAUGUACCAACUACGAACUCGGCUGUAACUGAGUCGGCCAAGCCAACUCGACUGGUAACAUUGACUUUGCUACCGCCAGACCCACAUAUUCUCUUGCCAUUGCUGAUCCGAGCUGUCGACGUUGAAAACCGAUUUCUUAGCAAGAUGCAGAGCAAGGUGAAUGACGCGGUGAGUGUAAGAGCACCAAUCAGCAAAACGCUUGUUCCUAUGGACGAACAAUGGAGAAGCGAGUUUAAGGGUUAUAUGUUUCGGGUGCCACCAUACUAUCAACAUGCCCUUCGGCGUUGUUUGCGAACCAUUUUGCCGUCCAGUGUGCAUUCCCUGCUAAAUGCAGAUUCCGUUGAGUCUAUUACCUUGCAGUGCUUUUCUACUGUUUGUCUUCAAAAAAUCCGAAAUGGGGAGCAAAUUGCGAGAGACUAUAACGAACGAUUGGAGAGGCAGGAAGAGAAUCUAAGGAAGCGAGGAGGCAUUCAGCUUGAUUUCGGCCAUCGUAACGAACGACUGGUCAUUCCGAGGUAUGGAAACUAUGAUUCUCGCACAAGCAUCGAGAGUUAUCUAUCCGCCCUCCGAAAUAUGCCAGCCCCGUGGAAAGUCAAGACCGGCGGACUGAAUGUACACGGAUCCAAGUCAGAAAAGCUGACUUGCGUACUGUCGCAAGAGAUAGUUGUUGGUAAAGACGAGCCUCAAAAAACGGCAAUCGAUGCCCUUGGUGGUCUCCCGGUUACUUGUUUAAUGGCGUAUUACGAAUCGAGACGAAAAUGGCUUUUCGGAGGAACUGGGUUGUCGACGAGGGGAGUGCAUGUGGAAGGAGUAAACAAUGGUGGAAGCAAUUCGCAGAGAUGCCAUUCCAUUCCUUCUAAAGAAGAGCCCUUCCUACUUGCAUUAGCCGGUGUUGGUGUCUCAAUGCUCAACCAGACAACAACAACCAAGAUGGGAGACUACCGAGAGCGACUUCUUUUUUCUAAACCGCCGGUGGUGGGGUACGGCUCGAACGACUUUGCAGGUGUCGCGGCAACCACUGCUACAGACGGUUCUCCAAUGUGGUCGGUUGAUAAUGAUGCAAUGCCCAUGCCUUUCUUUGACGAGAAAACUGGUGAAUUUAUUGAUUCUGUGCAAGCUCGUAUGCGCACACGUCUCAUGGUGAACUUCGGAAAUCCCUAUAAAGAAAAAAGGGCAGAUUCCCUUAUUCCCGAAAAAUAUCAAUCUCAAUCUCCUUCCAUUAAGCAGCGCAUCGAGGGGGGACCUAAUGGUAGAAUCCCUCGUGUUGCGCCAGGCUCGGCUCCGCCAGAAUCCUUUAAUUCGGUUGAGGAGGGUGAGGCAGUGUUCGUUCUCAAGUCGCCGUCGCGACAAUCACUGAAACGUGAGCAGCCUGGUGAGCCAAAGUCAGGGUCAGUUGUAAAACGAUCACGAUCUGAAUUUGGAAACACGAGGCAAAGGGGCCGUGCAUCCGCCCCCGCCCCCGCCCAACUCGGACAUAAGGCCAAUGGGGAAGCAGUCAACUGGAGCCUUAUCGGUACGCGUUUCCAUUGGAGUCCCUCCCAAACCUCCAAGUGUGAAAUCAACGCCAAUUACUGA